AUGCAUCUGCAUGAUUACCAGAAGCUGGAUGGAUCCGUCAUUAUCGCAGGACAACAGUCCCGCUUUGCCCUCUCGGUGGGAAUAGCAUUCUUCCCCGAUGAGGCUGGUCAUGUCCUACGACUGUGGACUCCACGAGAUGACAACACCAUCGAAGCGAGUGAAGGGUCCCAUUCGAGGCCCCGCGAUAUCUCUCGUCGAGUCGUUCCCGUCGGCUGUCAUUCCCAUAAUGACUACUGGCGUCCGGAGCCAUUGUUCUCUGCACUACGAGCCGGCUGUAUCGGGGUCGAGGCCGAUGUCUGGCUCUUUGACGAGGAGUUAUACGUUGGACAUACAACCUCCUCAUUGAACGCGACACGCACCCUCAAAGCCAUGUAUAUCGAUCCUCUGGUCCGUCUGCUGGACCACCAAAACCGCCUCACCGGCCAGCCAUCCUCAGCGCAACAAGGCAGUCACUCCCCCCGUUUCACGGGAAUAUAUGACACCCAUCCUGAGCAGACUCUCAUCCUGCUCCUCGACCUGAAAAGUGACGGUGCCGCCGCAUGGCCAGUCAUUCAGAGGCAGUUGGCCCCCCUGAGAAGUCGCGGCUAUCUCACUUUCUUCAACGGAGACGACACCAUUCCCGGCCCCGUGACCGUAGUCGGAACGGGCAACACCCCAUUCGACCUCCUCGUCGCAAACAGGGUCCACAGAGACAUUUUCUUCGAUGCUCCACUAGACAAGCUCGUCGAGACCCUCGAAUCAAAAUCAAUGACCCACGACCAAGUCAUCAGACCGUCCACCUCUUCUGUUUCGCCGAGGCGAUCCGCAGACGCCGGUCAGGGCCUCUCGGGGACACCAGAUAGUAUCGAGCCGAGCACGUUCAACGCGAGGAAUAGCCAUUAUGCCUCGGUCUCUCUGCGCCAGGCCAUUGGACUUCCGUGGAGUCUGCAAUUCAGCCAGCACCAGGUGGAAAUGAUUCGAACCCAUGUGCGAAUUGCUCACAGUCAUGGGCUCAAGGUUCGGUAUUGGGGGAUUCCCAAUUGGCCGCGGGCGAUGCGAGACUAUGUCUGGCGAGUGUUGGUGCGGGAGGGGGUUGAUUUCCUAAACGUGGAUGAUUUGGCCGCUGCCACGAGGAUCCAGAUGGAUCGGCUGAAUACAUCUGUCGAUGAGGGGAGAUGA